AUGGCCCAGCAAAACUCGGUGAAUACGCUUUCCAAUCCUUACAGAAUCACCACAGCUAAUAUUUGGGAUGAAAGACUUAUCGACGCUUAUAUGAAAUUCCUUCAAGAACCAAGGACGAUCAAAGUUUCUAUUGAAGGGCUUUGUAAGUGCCUUGAAAUUUCUGAGGGAUCAGGGCAUAAUCAGGAUGUUAUUGAUCGUUUAUCUGAAAUACUGAAUAUCUUCUCAGAAUUAAUGCAAAAUGAUGAUGAAGUUGUAUCCCAUUUUAGCUCACAGAUAUUAGAGAGGCUAGAACAAUUAUAG